UAAAUAUUACAUUUAUUGAGUUCCGUGUGAUUCCGAGUAACUACGGAGUAAUAUGACGAACGUAUAUACAGCUAAAAUUGACAAGCAGUGAUGCAACAGUUAGUUCCCAAUUAAAAUUCGCAAAAUCCCCUAUAAUUGUGUUGUGUUAACUAACAAAACGUCUAGAAAAUGGACAGGAAGUAAACUUUUUACUGCUUAAAUUCAAUGAAAAUAAGUGUUCUUUCAAGGAAUAUGUGGACAAUAUUCCAAACAUUAUUGUUUCUCGAAGUGAAAAAUCUGUUAACGUAAAAUAAAGUGAGAUAAAUCCAUUUUUGAAAGUUGAAAACAAUGGAUCUCAUGGUGGGCGACGGUGGUGUUUACGCCGCCGAGAGAAUUACCAGAAAAAGAAUUCGAAAGGGCAUCGUCGAAUAUCUGGUAAAAUGGAAAGGCUGGAGUCAGAAGCACAAUACCUGGGAGCCCGAGGAAAAUAUCUUAGACAACCGCCUAAUUCAACUCUUCGAACAAAACCACAAGCCGGACGGCACGUUAAAACGAGGCCCCAAAAAGAAACAAACGGCCUCUGCCCCGGUAGCCGAGGACACCGAAGACGAAGGCCUGCGAAGCGGCGAAGAAAGCCAAGAUGAAGGAACGUCAGAAACCGCCACUACAAACACCAGCGGAAGUACAAAAGGAAAAGCCAAGCAAGAAACCACUCCUCGAGUCGAGGAUGAUGACACUCGGGCUGGUUCCGAAGAUACAUCAGAAGCUACUGUUCAACCUGUACCCGAAUCGGCUGAUAACGACAACUCGAACAGUUCGAGCAGCGAAGACCGGCGCCCCCUUCUCUCCCGAAUGGAAAUCGGAACCAAACGAAAGGCCGAAGUACUUUCUAAGGAAAGCGGUAAAAUCGGAGUUACUAUUACUACGAGCCCGACCAGUUCCAGUCCACCUCCCGCUAAGACUCCAAAGGUUUCGAAACAAUCUUCGGCAUCUCCGAGGACUGGGGAACGUAAGGGUUCGAAGGCCGCCGAUGAGAUUCCCGCAGCCGCAGCUCCCAUUUCGAACCCGGCUACUUCUCCCCGGACGAGUACCGAUAAAAAAUUGGCUUCGGUGGACGCUGCGUUGCCGCAAUCAUCCGUCAAAGAACCCGCUUCUCCUAAAUCGGUCACACACACGGACGAUAAACGACCUGACAAAAAAGUCGAUAUCAAAACCGAGAACGGUGUGUUAAACGAGAAGCCUGUGGCAGUUAACGGUCAUAACAACAAUACCGUGUCUAAUGAUACUGACAUAUCGGCUUUUAUAAGUCCCAAUUCGGAUUACUGGCUGACGAGGAAUCCUGUAGCUGAUCAGGUGUUCAUAACGGACGUUACGGUCAAUUUGAAAACCGUGACUAUUCGGGAGUGUAAGACUGAAAAAGGAUUCUUUAAGGAUCGAGACGAUAAGAGUCGUUCCAGUGAUAUAGUAUGAUUUAAUAAUUCAUUUUUUUUGUCUUUAAUUUCUUGUACUGUGGUAAGUGGAAUGCUGGUUGUGUGGUUUCGGGAAUAACUGGAUCAUUACAUUAUUUUCUAGUACAUAAUUUAAAAUGGUUCAUUAUUCUAAUUACAAUGAUCAAUGAUAGUUUUCUAGUCUUUACAAAAUUACGAUAAAACAAUAUUUAGUUGGUAAUACGGAAAGAAGAAAAUGAUCAGUUAUUCCAGAACUAAAUAAAAAUAUUUUACAGUGUCUUUAUGAAUUGUUGCACAAAGAUAAAGUAUUUUAAUAAUUACAUUCUUUAAUUCCGUAGAGAAUAUAGUUAAAUAUUAAGGAUUACUUAUAGCUUGGUAAAUUAAAAUUUUAUAGAUUGAAUACUAAUAUUAAAUCAUUAAGUCGGCGUAUGUUUGAAAUGAAAUGGCAGACAUACCUUUAUUUUUCUAAAUAGAUGUUAAAAUGCUUCCUACAUUCAUAAAUUAAAUAGUUUUAGAUUGCGUAUUUCACUUAUCAUAGUUGCUUAGUACUUUCAUUGGAUAUUUGCUAAAUGCUGGCCGUACAUUUGAAAGUUGUUGAUGUUGUACUUACUAUUAAUUUUUCUUCUACAUUUCUAAUUUCAUUUAAUUAUAUACAAUUAAUCGUGCUCUGUGUCGAUCUACAAACUGUUUUGGAUUAAUUUUGAUUUAUCGCGAUCCAAUGGUGGUACUAUUUGAAGUUUUGUCUGAUUGUGAAUCGUAUCAUUUCGAUUAGUAAUUAAAUUGAGUUAAGUAUCGUUUGUACAGGGUAGCUCGUUUAUUUUUAGAGCAGAUCAAUAGUGUUUAGUCAUAUGAUCUUUGCUGGUGUUUAUGUUGGUGGUGCUAAAACGUGAAAUUGGUAUUUUUUUCAUAGCUCCUGUAAUUGAAUAUUUUUUUUGAGGGAAAUCGUGCCAAGGCGUAAAUUUGACCAGUGUUUACUUUUUUUAAGGAGAUCAAAAUUAUGUAUUAAAUUUCUCUUGUACUUUUUAUUAAGUUUAUAGUAUGCCUAAUUGAUUAGUUCUUUUAUUAUUGUAUCAAUUUCUUUCGCUUAUUUAGUACUUUCACAUAUUUUUAACCGAUUAAAUGGCAAAGUAUACAUUUAUGAAUGAAAAUUUUUAUGAGAAACCAUCACGCUCUAAUUUAAUUUUCAUUACAUUUUUUAUGAAUCAUUCCACAGUUUAAUUAUUGUAUAUAUGUAAAUUCGAUUUUAACAUAGAAUGUACUAAAUUUUGUC